AUGCUUGCGUUGGUCUACAUGGAAUCUGGUAUGAUGCCUUCUACUUUUGACCCCUCUGCUAGUAUCGGGGUCGGCUGGUGGAAAUGAGGCUGGAAUCGCAAACGCCACCCUGGCCAAUCGGAUAGCGCUCGUACGAGCCUCAGUUCAAAAGGCCCAAGAGGCGUGCAAGCAUCUGCAAGGCUGCGAUCUUGAUCUUCAAGCCCAGAAAAACCUCCUCACGGCCGUGGGGACCACUUGCAUUGCAAAACGGCAGCUUCUGUGUGAUUUAAAACGCGAGUUGCAGGAACUUACUUCUCAGACUGACCCUUAUUCUAUGUGA